GGGGGUUAUCAAAAGCAGCAAGAUGCUUUAACAACAUGUUUCACGAUUGAAGAAGUUAUUAAUCAAUGUUUGGAAGAAAAUGAAAAAGUCUAUGUUGCUUACAUGGACAUUAGUAAAGCUUUUGACACGAUGGGGAUCAAUUUUAUGCUUUUUAAAUUGUAUCAUAACAAAGGCAUCUGUGGUGAAGCCUGGCGACUUAUUAGAAACUGGUAUAUUGAUAUGGCAGA